UACAGGCUAGUUGGUUUUACAAAGUUCAAUGUACAUGUACAUAGUACUAAACUUAGCCUAGCUAAAGACCUGUUUUUCCUCCAGGUCUAUGCUUGAUGUAAAUCUGUAGGAACGUGCAGCUGUAGGUUAUAGGCUUGCUGCUUCGUUGGAGACGAGCUCGAUGCAUAUGGAUCAACGGAUGGUCAAGCAGUGGGAGGAGAGAGUUACAAAGUGGCAGACUUCUGACAAGGGUAGGAACAGACAUCCCAAUGACGACGAUAUUAUGCAACUAAGGGUGUUCCUGAGAGAACUUCACCGUCGGCUAGUGGAAUGGGGUCGACCGUCGGUCGUGCUGCAGAACCUCCCGAACGUCGGCAGACUUCUGGGACGUCUGUGUAGCAUUGAGGUCCUCAGAAUGCAAGAGGCCGACUACCAGUUGGUACUGCAGUGUGUGCUAGCUCUCUAUGUUAGUCAACCAAGCGAGCAGCUGGAAGAGAAGGCUAUCAAGUGGGCCCAGUCUCAAGUCAGGCACAGCGUCUCUUACUAUAAGGAGAGAAAUCCAUGUCGCGGCAUCGCAGAGUCAGUUGGUUGCUCUACAAGUCGCUUCAACCACACCGCAUCUCUCAAGCUUUUAGAAUCGAUUGUCGAAGAUUUGAACAAAGUACCCACGACCUGCUGGGAUCCGUACACUAAUUGCCUGGUCCCCUACACCCAGCUCUCUGGGACUGCACUGACAGAUCUGUCCGAGCUCUGCCUCCCGCUGGUCACCGGCAGCUGUGAUGUGUCGCCGCUGGUUGAGUGCCUGCUGAGUUGCCACGGAAACAGUGCGAGGGAAGCCCUGAGCCCGGCAUUCCUUGAAGCUGUGACAAAAUCUCAGGAGCAUGCAUACGCGUGCCAGUGCUCUCUUGAAUUGAGCCAUGAAGGCUACGUCUCUCUCUGGACCAGGUACCUUCCUGCUUUGGAGAGCGAGGUUCUGCACCUUAUACAGGCUGUGGUCCCUCUGUUACCUUCGUCGGAGCUCAGAGCCCAGAUUUUAAUGUCCAGCAGAGGCCUGCCGAGGGCGUGUGCCGAAAAUCCAUCCUUACUCACUGGCGCGGAGAAACUGAUGGAAUUGCUGCUACACCACACAGGGGGGAGCGCCUCUGUGCUGACCACAAUGGACUUGUUCCAUAGAUGCGUGAAGGAGAGUCGGGGAACCAUACCACCUGUCCUUCAUUGUCGUAACAGCUGGCCAGCCUUAGACAGCUUGCGCAACCUGCUGCAAGCAGACCCACAGGAUUUACCGACCAGGCUGCUAGUCCUUCACAUCAAGAAUCUCAGCAACUGUCUGACUCGGCACGUGGUGACUGACCCCGUCAGCAGGUUCCAAGCCUGGCUGUUGCUGGCUAGGUCCCGAGUCUGGCACCGGGCAGUCUUGAAGAUGUCGCUGCUCGGUCCAGCAGGCGGCGUGCCUGCGUGUCUCCAAGUGCUCGUCUGGUACAACUCGCCGCUGGUUCCCGACAGACACAAGGAGUACCAGGAUCGGCUGGGUGAGCUCAUCACUUCACUGCGAGGUCUCUGCUACCAGGCCGUCCUACAACCCCACGACCUGCAGUGCGCAUUCAGCGCCUACCGCGGUCAAGGCAACCUCUUAUGCAACAUCGUCAAACCCCUUCUGAUGUUCUUCUCAGUGUACGGGAACGUGACACGUCACGUCUUGCCGGACAUUGUCGAAAAGGCCACUGGUGAAAAUCAACCAAGCUGUGCAACAAAGUUCCGAUUCUUUUUGGACUGCAUUGAAUUUGCCCUGGUGCCCGACGGACCGCAUGCCCUCAGCAAGCGGGUCCGGGGAUCCCCCAGUCGUCAGGGAAAGAAGAGUGCAGCUCCCGCCCUUUCCCUGUUCGCCGAGGUUUUUGAGGAGUACCGCCGAGAACGGCUGGUUGGAGCUUUGAGGUUACCGGAAGAGCUGCAUCUUGGCCUGAUGGGCAGAUAUGACAGAGUGAAGCAACUGCUCCUGUGAUGGCUGAAACUAGUGCUCGUUUGUUUCACACACCAAUCCGGAUCUGGGAUUAGUGGUCCCAAGGCUGUUUAACGCCAUCCAUUAGGUAGGUCCUGGUGUCAGUGAACCAGUGCCGGAUCACUGAUGAUCACUAUCUGAAUCUGCACGAAACAAACAAGCCCCGAAAUAGACAGAAUUUGUUUUAUAACAACUCGGUUUGGAACUCUCCGAAGAUUGUCAUUUGCUGAAUUUCUUCGCCCAUCUGAAGGCUUACUUGAGUACAACAGAAAGUGAUCUUGUCUGAAGUCAAGUCAUUGGCUACUCAUAUGAAGUACGAGACAGGCAACCAUGCUUUUCUCAAAUUACAAUUGCCACGUGCCAACUUUUGAAGGUUUUUAUUAAUGUGAGCAUUUCUUGAAAGAUGUUGAGAAAAUAAAAAGUGCUGUUGUAUCAGAGCAUUAUUAUAUUGGAAAGAUACAUGUAUUUGGCUCCAUCAGAUGAUCUGCGUGAUUGGUCAAUCUUUAUAGCAUGACAUGUAGAUAGUUCUGCCAUCAGCCAAUGGUAACAUUUUUUCUAAUUCAAGUUGUGGAGGAUUGUUGCCAAACAGGGAAGUAAAAUCGGAUAUUUCAGACGGUAUCGCGCAAUCGCUCUGAGCGAUCAGGCAAUUGUGCAGAAUGGGGGAUCACUCCUUACACGUGCAAGUGUGUCUCGCUAUAAAUAUGUGGUGUAUUUGAUUGGUUGCGUCUUCUGUAAUGUUUGACCUUGAAACAUCAAUGUGCAAAAGUAAUUCACUCUGAUUUCAAUUUCAUUUCAUAAACUAUCAUUUCACCGUAGAAUGUACAGUGAGAGAGAUCAGAAUUCAGCCCACGAUUACCAGCAACUUUGGCAGUCCAAUGGUAGGCCGUCUGCACUUGUGGACAGGAGGUUGUGGGUUCCAGUGGGUUGAAUAAACUUGUAUCACGUUCUUCAAACUCGCUCUCAGGGUCAGCUGAAGGUUAAAACCCACCUUCCAGCCAGACUUGAAUCCUCGACACUGAUUUGUCAAGCCAUGGCAGAAGUCUGUGCAAUAUGUAUAUGUGACCAGGAUAAUAAGUCGCACAAUGCCAAAACACACGUCAUGGCCUGUUCCAUUUGGAGAGGGCAAAAUCUGUAAAAAAAGUGAU